CCAGAUUGACCUACAUACCAUGCAGAUGGAAAUCCAACACCCCUCACCACCCAAAGGAGAUCCAAUCCUCAGUGAUGGCCAUGAUGUAAUCAGAACAGGAACUGUGUUGAGCGCGGUUGCGCAUAUAAUCGCCGCCGUGAUUGGCGCCGGCGUUCUGUCUCUAGCUUGGAGCACAGCCCAGUUAGGAUGGAUUGCAGGGCCAGUAGCAUUGCUGUGUUUUGCAGUGGUUACUUACAUCUCUGUUUCUCUUAUAUCCCAGUGUUAUAUGUCUCCUUCUGGGCACCGGAAUCCCACUUACAUGGAUGCCGUCAGGUUUAAUCUGGGAAGGAGACAUAGAUGGAUGUGUGGUUUGCUUCAGUAUGUGAGCAUGUAUGGGACCUGUAUCGCCUAUGUUAUUACCACUUCCACAAGUAUGAGGGCGAUUGAGAAAUCGAACUGCUACCACGAGAACGGGCACGAAGCUAAUUGCAAUAGUACUGGGAUUGGGACCAACGUGUUUAUGCUGGUUUUUGGAAUUGCCCAGAUAUUUGCGUCGCAGAUACCUGAUUUUCAUAACAUGGCAUGGCUCUCCAUUGUUGCUGCACUCAUGUCCUUUGGCUAUGCCUCCAUCGGAUUAGGCCUUGGAUUUGCCACAGUUAUUGAAAACAGGGCUAUUAAGGGAAGCAUAACUGGGGUAUCAACACACACUGGUGCUCAGAAGAUGUGGUUAACAUUUCAGGCCAUCGCAGACAUUUCCUUUGCCUAUCCAUACACCCUUAUUGUCCUGGAGAUACAGGAUACUCUGAAGUCACCCCCACCAGAACACCAGACCAUGAACAAGGCAUCAUUGGCUGCAAUAUUGAUCACCACUUUCUUCUAUACCUGCUGUGGAUGCUUUGGCUAUGCUGCUUUCGGCAGCGACACACCCGGCAACCUCUUGACCGGAUUCGGAUUCUACGAGCCGUAUUGGCUCGUAGAUUUAGCCAAUGCCUGCAUUAUUCUGCAUCUAGUUGGAGGCUACCAGAUAUACUGCCAACCAAUCUUUGCAUUUGCGGAGAAAUGGUUCUCAGAGAGGUUCCCACGGAGCCGAGUGUUGAUGAAACCCCAUGCUCUAAAACUCCCAUACUUGCCGGCUUUCCGGCUGAGCCUUUUCCGGCUAUGUUUCCGAACCGCAUAUGUUGCAUCCACUACAGGCAUCGCAAUGCUGUUCCCUUACUUCAACCAGGUUUUAGGAGUGCUGGGAGCUGUGACCUUUUGGCCAUUGGCCGUUUAUUUCCCAGUAGAAAUGUAUAUUGUGCAGAGGAAAAUUGGAGGGUGGACAAGAAAGUGGGUUUUUCUUCAGAUUUUCAGCAUGAUCUGUCUGUGUGUGUCAAUUGUGGGUUUGGUUGGUUCAAUUGAAGGACUCAUAACUGAAAAGUUGAGUUGAAAUUAAUUAGCAGAAUAUAAGUAUGAUAUAUAUAUAUAUACUUAGAUUGUAGAAUAACUCCAGGUAGGCCUUCAUGGCUGAUUAUUUCAAGAAUUUAUGAAUCUUGGAAUCAGGUUAUUAAUUAAAUCAAUCCUGCGGCAUUGUAAAGCUUUCUGUUGUUAUAGUUAUGUAUAUAAUUGUAGUGAUUAGUAAUAAUGGCCACAAAAGAAUUGAA